AACAGCUUGCCAAUGGUUCGAUGAUACACUCUAUACUGCUAGUUAUGACAAGACUGUCAAACUUUGGAGAUUUCCUAACCACAGGGCAUCUUGCUACAAGACACUUAACCAUGACUCCAAAGUCCAAGUUAUGGCUCGGUCUAACUUUGCAAACAAUGUGCUAGCGACAGGGACUCAGUCCGUCGGUUUCUGGCAACUAGAUGAGUCAACGUACAAUGUCUUGGAUUUGCCUCGGCAGCGCUCUAAAAGAGAAAUUGACCUUAUACCAACUUCUCUGGCUUGGGGCACCACCCCAAUAACAAAAGAGAUACUAAUCGCUGGGAUGUCUGAAAAAGGUGAUGGUAUAACCCAUAAUGGUCUUCUUGCGGCGUGGCAUAUAGCCGAAGCAUCACCCACUCCAAUACAAUUAAGCCCAAAUUCACAAAACAUCUUUGAUGUAAAAUGGCAUCCAUCCCUUCCAUUGUUUGCUACGGCAAGCUCCGCAAGAGGGGGUGGUAUGACUUUGUUGAGUUCCAAGAAUACCAGGUCUGUGGUCCGCCUAUAUUCACCACUCAUCUCCAAAAUGUGCACCAUGGAACUUGAGUGCCCUGCCUUGGACAUAAACGAUGUGACUUUCUGCCCAGGCAAUCCGAAUUAUGUGACUGCCAGCUGUACUGAUGGGAUCACCUAUGUGUGGGACACGCGAAACCCGGACACUGUACUGCACAGGCUUCAACAUGGCGAGCCGCUCAAUCAAAUAGAUGAAACCCUUCCUAGAGAGCAAGCAGAUGUUGGGGUAAGAUUGGCAUUGUGGGGAAACUCGGUAACCCAAUUUUAUACCGGAGCAUCAGAUGGUAUCUUGAAAACCUGGGACGUACUGAGAUCUCCUGAUGAUGCUUUUGUUCAAAAUGUUGCAUCUUUUGGAGAGGAGAUCAUGUCCGGGGCUUUCUCGCCGGAUAGAUCCAAUCUGUUGAUCGGCGAUGCUGCCGGGGGUCUUCAUUUGUUAUCCGCUAACAUCCUUGCCGAUAAGAGCUUGUCUUUCAAAUUCAAGCGCGCUUCUCAAGUGCCAUUUGCUGGACCUGAUUCCGAUUCUGAGUCGGGCAUCAUGGCUGCCCGUAAGGCCAUCUUAGAUGGUCAUCUUUCACGCCAUCCUAUUUAUGGUGUGGGCCAAGGCCCUCGUUACAAUGGGCCUUACGCGGCAUGGGCCCGUCCAGAUAACACUCCUGACCAUCAACUCGGGCAGACAAAGUUGAAGGAGGAAUGGCAGUUAAGGCAGCUCGACGGUGCUCCCCCUGCUCUUCGACCUGGCUUAAAUGAUCAACUGCGGAGAGAAAUCGAAUGCCAGAGACAGCUCGCUCAGAUUCGCAACGUGCAGCACUUGAAUAAAAGGAAAAGGUUGGAACCUGGCCAUUAUACGAAACGUAGGGGCGUUCUUAGCGACUUAUGCAGUGGUGAUGGUUUCUGGACAGCGCCGGUCAAGCUCAAGCGACUAGCUACAGAAUCAAAGCAUUCCAUCAUUGAAAAUGCAAACAUCGAAAUCAUAGAUCUUACGGGUGACAGUGAUACGGAGUGUGCGAAGCCGUCAAACGAAGACUUGGUCUUUCCCACUAUUCAAGAUACAGAGGGCUACUCUGGAAUUGAGCAUCUACUAGAGGGGUUGGAGGAUGAUCACUGGUGGCCGUCUAGUGAUCAAAUAGACCCCAAUUUCCACGAUGCUGAUGUGUAGUUUUGUAGCAGCCGGGU